GAUGGGCGGGCUGGCGACGGCCCUGGCGAGCAGGCGCAGAGCCGUCGGCUCGGCGGGCCCUGCGAUUGACGCGGCCAAGAGCGCGGCGGGCUUUGACGGGCCUCGCGGGCAGAUGCAGGGAGUCUUAGGACAGGUGGCGAUCGCGGCCGAGCGUCGCCCGUGCCAGAUCAAGAUGGGCACCGAGCAGUGCGACGCCGAGAAGGACAUCGAGGCGGUUCGCGGCCACGUGCUCACGUGCCACCAGAAGAACGCGUAUCGGCAGGAGGCGUGGGGCGACGAGGGCCGCGAUGAGAUCGAGCUCGUAGUCGUUCCCGAGCUCGGGGUCGUCGCGAACGAGAUCGCCGCCGCCGUUGCGCUGGGGCCGGAGGUCGAGAUCAAGUGCCGGGCUCCACCUCGCAACCCAAACGUUCGGAAGGUCGUGGCCGGUCUUGUGGAGCUCGGGGAUUUCGAGGAGCAGCCGCGGAUGUG